UAUAUCCGAUAUGUUGUAGACUUAUUGCUUAUGCUAUAUAUCUCUCUCUGCAUAUUUUUCCACUUAAAUUUGGGUCAAUCUUUUUUGACAGUUUUCCUUCACCUGACUACAUACAGCAUAUGAAAUCUUCUUCUCUUACAGGUUUAGUUAGAAAUCCGCUGAAAAGACGAGCUGGUACUUUAGAUUUCAAGCGCGAAAGAAAAUCUUCCAUUUUCCUCUUAUUGUCGUUUAAAGUGAUCGUAUUUAAGUUCCUGUUUAGACCGUGUGAUGUCAACAGCGUUUUCUAGCGUCCACUUCUAAGUCGCCCCUGCAAAGGACAGCUGCAUGUGUAUUCUCAACUUCUUAUAUAUAGGAGAAUCGCAUUCCUUCACAUCCCAUCAGGCUGAGAGAGAGCCGUUGGAUAGAGGAUGAGGCCAGUGAAGAAGAUUGUCUAUGCCCUUCCAGCAAGCGUCCUUUUCGUUACUUUAUACAGUUUGGGCCGAGAAGGCAAUUUCUCUGGUGAAGCCAAAGAUGGAUUUCUUCACACUCUCGCCUCUGACAACUCUGCUUCGGAAAUGAUGCACAUCACUGACGAAACUUUGGAGCAUGGGUCUAUUAUUGUCGCCCACCAGCCCCCACAGACACGGAAGUCACGAGUGGUCUUUGUGUCUCGGGCGCAGAUCAAACCAAUACGAUACGUCAAUAGACCGCUGCCCGACCCUGCGCGUCUUUACAAAGAAGCAAAUCCUCAGUGGAUGUCGUGGGGCCCGAGGCUUCGGGAGGUCAGAGAUUACUUCCGGUACCUUCGGACACCUCAGGUCAACUGCAGGAAACUGAAGAGGAUGGGGGGAGAGGUGCAGUGUGAUCGUUCUGGAGACGGCGAGGGCAUGGAUGGACAUAAGUACAUCUGCAUGGAACCAGCCUUCAUGCUUACGCAAAAUCAGGGGGAUGUACGGGAGUGCCUCACCCUCUCCUUCGGGACUCAUUUCGAGACGUCCUUCGACGAAGUCAUGGCAGACCUUCCCUGCGAAGUCCACAUGUUCGACGUCCUUGACUACAGGCCGCUACUCGCUGCAGUGAACCCCAAUGUUUACUUCCACCAGGAAGGAAUAGCAGCCGAAAGACGCGUAGAUAUCUACUCCAACUCCAAUGCAACCGCUCAGAUGUUCACGUUGAGAGAACACGUUUCUAGGCUAAAUCUUACCAACCGCCUUAUCCAUGUUCUAAAGGUAGAUAUCGAAAACAGUGAAUGGGAAGUGUUUAAGGACAUUGCUAACGACCCAAUAUUCAACGCAGUAGGACAGGUAGCGCUCGAGGUGCACACCUUAGACUUGGUGAAGGAUCUAAAUACAUCGUGGAGUAAAAAUGUGCCCAAGGAGGAGUGGCUGCAGGUCACACAGGCUAAAUUUGAUGUUCUCAGGGCUAUAGAGGCUCGUGGUUUCCGGCGCGUCCUCUACUGGGACAACUACCAGAGGGCGUAUCCCUACUUCGACGACACCGGCGCUCGAUACGAGACGUCUGGAGAAAUACUCUACAUCAACACGAAUUGGUACGAUCCAGCCUUCAGGAAACGGCUCGCUGACCAGGGCUACGAGUUUCGUGAUGUACUACAGAGAUAUUAGCGUGCAUCGCUUCAUUUUUAUUAGUAGUGCCAUAUCAAAUCGCUUGGGUGUGAGAGGAACGGGCCAUCAGUGAAUUAGUCUGUGAUGCUGUUGUGCUUCUUAACUGCUCCUCAAUCAUUUUGGAUAAUGUUCGUAGGCAGUUUAAUACAUGAUUUAAACAGCUGUCUCACUUUAUGGCUUUUUCAUUUGGAUAAUAUUCGUAGGGAGUUUUAUACAUGAUUUAAACAGCUGUCUCACCUCAAGGCCUUUUCAUUUGGUAAUAUUCGUAGGAAGUUGUACGCAUCGUUUGAACAUGUACCUCACCAUAUGGACUUUGUGUAGUUAGCUUGUUCUUGAAGCGGAGCUUUUAGUGUCAAACAAAGUUAGAAAUUCUUUGCCUUGCCACGAGCAAUGUAUUAGCUGGUAAGAGACGACUGGAUUUCAGCUGCUAAACUUGAUGCCUUUACUGUAAUUCAUCUUCUUCGCUAACUAUUUUUCUCUGCGAUUUUAUACAAGAUUAUAACUUAUUAUUGCUCAGUAUUAGCCACUGAUCUCUAGGGGUGACAAGCAAUCAGAGUUUCUUCUGGGACGUCUCGAAGGGCAGAUAGUGAGACAAUGCAUCUUUCAUCCUAAGAAUGACAUUGAAAGAACAUUGUUAUUAUUUCAGACAUUGCUGCAAAGAACAAAUAGAGAGAGAAGUUUCGCUCCGUUGAAUUUUGAGGUUGAAUCUAAACAGGACAGCAACUAUCCUAUAUAGAUGCUUCUCAUUUCGGAACAAAUUUAACGUAUAUUAAGUACAAUUCCAUAGAAUUGCAAAUUAUACCUACUUCGAUAUUCAUUUUGAUAUCUGAUUGUCCCUUUUUGAUACCGACUAAUUCUUAGUUUUCUGUAAAAAUAAAACUAUUGAGAUAGUAUUUUGUCUGUCCGUCCGCCCUCAGAUCUAAAAAAAACUGCUGAGGCUAGAGGGCUGCAAAUUGGUAUGUUGAUCAUCCACCCUCCAGUCAUCAAACAUACUAAAUUGCAGCUCUCUAGCCUCGGAAGUUUUUAUUUUAUUCAAAGUUGAAUUUAGUCAUGAUUGUGCGUCUGGCAUCGCUAUAGGUACCAACACCAAACGCUACCACUAGGCUGUUGUUGAGAGUUUCAUACAGCAUUAUAUGCUGUAAAGAAAACUAUAUUACGCCAAAGGAACGUCUAAGCAUGUUUUUACUUGUCUAUUUUGUUUCUUCUCGUUUUUGGAAACCGUUUUCCCUUAUACCUAUAAUUACCUUCGUUUCUUCCUCAUUUUUUUUUUUUUUUUUUAGUUUAUUUCUCUUUACUCGGGUUAUUUUGUUAUCCACGUUUAUCGCCAGGUCUUUCAAGUCUUUCCUUCGACUAUUGUGUAAGAUCUUCGCGCCUUUUCCUGGCAUGAUCGAUACUUCAGAGCUGUCCAGUCUUGGAUCGGCGCCAUCUACUUGAAGUCGCUCAUUGUCGGAGUCAGUCGAUAAUU